AUGUUAAUUGUUGGUUUAACUGGUGGUAUAGCUUGUGGUAAAUCAACAGUCUCAAAUGAGUUGAAAAAAUGUAAUUCGGUUGUGAUUGAUGCUGAUUUAAUUGCAAGAGAAGUUGUAUAUCCAAAUACUAAUGCUUAUAAUAAAAUUGUUGCAAAUUUUGGAAAUGAUGUACCUAAUUUAUUGAAUGACGAUAAGACAUUGAAUCGUACGGCUUUAGGAGAAUAUGUAUUUAAAGAUAAAGCUAGAGUUAGGAUACUUAAUUCAAUUGUUCAUCCAGCUGUCAAAUAUGAAAUAUUUAAAAGAAUAAUUAAAGCUUAUUUAACAUUGGAAAAAUUGGUGAUUUUAGAUGUUCCUUUAUUAUUUGAAUCAGGUUUAUAUUUGAUCUGUGGAUCGAUAAUAAAUGUAAGUUGUACUAGAGAACUUCAAAUUGAGAGAUUACUUAAAAGAAAUACAGAAUUGAGUGAAUCUGACGCUAUUGAUCGUAUAAAUAAUCAAAUGUCGAAUGAUGAAAAGAAUUACAGAAGUGAUUAUAUCAUAGAUAACCUGGGAGAUAUCAAUGAUUUAGAAGUGUCUGUUGAAAAUGUAAUUAGAGAGGUUAGACCUGGUGUUUUUUGGUAUCUAAUUGAUUUAUUUCCGCCUUUCGCUAUAGCUUCUGCUUUAUUCACAUUUACAAUUCGAAGAAUAAUAGAUAAAUUUAAAGGUACGAAACCUAAAUUAGAUUAA